AUGAGGUGUGAUAAUAAAACUACUAAAUGUUGUUGCUGCAUUCCCUUAAGAGCUGGGGUUAUCAUUAUAACACUCUUAAGUCUGAUUGGAAUAGUAUAUAGCUUUGUCAGUGAUAUAUUAUCAAUAAUAAGCGGUGAUAAUAGUGCUGCAACAAUUGUAGAUUUAAUUCUUAAUAUCAUAUUCCUUCCAAUAUUUAUCUUUGGGGUUGCCGUUACUUGCUGUGCGAAAUCAGCACGUCUUUUAAGAAUAUAUGCUAUUAUUUAUAAUAUUUUCACAGUUAUUGAAAUUGUAUAUUACAUAGUUUCAAUCAUUCCUAUUAUUGUAUAUAGAAAUGAUACUGUGAACGAAUGUAUUAACUUAUUGGCAGCUAAUGGAUCUUCAAUUAAAGAUCCAGCAGGUUACUGUCAAAAUGGAUAUAAUCAGUAUGAGGCUAUAUCUAUUGUUAUUUAUAUCUUAGUUAUUCUUAUCUUGGUUCAUUUUGCUUUGGUUGUUUCUGCUUAUUCUGCAAGUCGCAAAGCUAAAGAAAAUGAUCGUUCAAGACAAGAUGCUUCAGAAAACAAUGCUUCUUUAACCCAUGAAAUUCCAGCACAAG